CGAAAAUGUUCACUCAGCUUCAAAGAUCUACUUCACCACUCUCCCAUCUCAAAACCCACCCUCCAAAACCCCCAUAUUUACUUCCACGCCACUCUCUCACCACCGCACCACCACCACCGCCUCCGCCACAAGACGCCGCGACCUUAGCUAAACUAAUCCUCAGCUCCGACCCAAAAACCCUAACCCAAACCCUCCAAGACCCUCAAAUCCAAUGGACCCAAGACCUAGUCAACAAAACCCUCAAGCUCCUCUGGAACCACGGACCCAAAGCCCUCCACUUCUUCAAAACCCUAGACCACCACCACCACCACGACGCCAAUUUCACUCACUCCGCCGCCUCAUUCGACCACGCCAUCGACAUCGCCGCCCGUAUGCGCGACUACAAGGCGUUGUGGGGCCUCGUGGCCCGAAUGCGCUCUCGCCGCCUCGGCCCAAGCCCGAAAACCUUCGCCAUUAUCGCCGAAAGGUUCGCAGCCGCAGGUAAACCCGAUAGAGCCUUCAAACUCUUCAUGUCAAUGCACGAACACGGUUGUUUUCAGGACUUGAAUUCGUUCAACACUAUUCUUGACAUUUUGUGCAAAUCGAAACGCGUUGAAAUGGCUCAUAACUUGUUUAAGAUGUUAAAGGGUAGGUUUAAGGCUGAUUGUGUUAGCUAUAAUAUAAUUGCAAAUGGGUUUUGUUUGAUUAAGCGGACGCCUAAGGCAUUGGAGGUGUUGAAGGAAAUGGUUGAGAAGGGAUUGAAUCCAAGCUUAACGACGUAUAAUAUAAUGCUUAAAGGGUAUUUUAGAGCUAGUCAGAUUAAGGAAGCUUGGGAAUUCUUUUUGCAAAUGAAGAAAAGGAAAUGUGGGAUUGAUGUUGUUACUUAUACUACCUUGGUUCAUGGGUUUGGUUGUGCGGGCGAGAUUAAGAGAGCUAGAAAGGUUUUUGAUGAGAUGAUUAAGGAAGGGGUGCUUCCUUCGGUUGUGACCUAUAAUGCUUUGAUUCAGGUUUUGUGUAAGAAGGAUAGUGUGGAAAAUGCGGUUUUGGUUUUUGAAGAGAUGGUGGGGAAGGGGUAUGUGCCUAAUUCGACGACUUAUAAUGUGUUGGUUAGAGGAUUGUGUCACGCGGGUGAAAUGGAUAGGGCAUUGGAGUUUAUGGGAAGAAUGAAGGAAGAUGAGUGUGAGCCGAAUGUUCAGACAUAUAACAUUGUGAUCCGUUAUUUUUGUGAUGCUGGAGAGAUAGAAAAGGGUUUGGAGGUGUUUGAAAAGAUGGGUAGUGGGGUUUGCUUGCCCAAUUUGGAUACGUAUAAUGUUUUGAUAAGUGCGAUGUUUGUGAGGAAGAAAUCGGAUGAUUUGUUGGUGGCUGGGAAGUUGUUGAUUGAGAUGGUUGAGAGAGGAUUUUUGCCUCGAAAGUUCACUUUCAAUCGGGUUUUGAAUGGGCUUUUGCUAACUGGUAAUCAAGGUUUUGCAAAAGAGAUUUUGAGAUUGCAGAGUAGAUGUGGCCGUCUUCCACAUCAGUUCAAGCUGUGAAGCCUAGUGACAUUGCACUCACAUCCUCUUGUCAAAUAUUGAAAACAUUUCCUAAUGUGAAGGGCUUCUAUUGUUGUAGAAGCUGACUCAUGAUUGACAGUGUGGCUUUAUAGGAUGCACAUCUCAUUUGCUCUUCAAAGGAAACUGAAAUUGCAUUAUGAAUUCCAGUCAUCACCUAAAAUUGAGACAUACAAUGCCUGCUUGUGUAAGCAGUCCACAAAGAAAAAUUUAUUUUAUUGUGGCUGUGGCGGUGGAGGUUUAUAAAUGGGAACAAAGUACUUGAGCGUUUGAAAUCCCUUUUUCGGCCUUUCAGUGGAAACAAAGUACAAUUGUAUGUGACAACAAUUGAGACAGGGCAACAGGUGAUGAUGUCCAUUGAUUUCAUAAGUUUGAAAGUUGAUUUGCUUCAUCUUCCUAGUUCCUUCUGCUAUCUCAUGUUUUGGAAUUGGCAUUUGGGGACAUGUUUAAACUCCAAGAAGCCUAGAACCCUUCCACAGGUGAUGACUGUUCUUGUUGUUCAGUGGGCAUAAUUAAUGUUGCAUCAACAUCUUUAAUCCCUAUCCUCUUCUAUGUUGCCUUCACCUCUCUGCUCUCAACCGUCCAGCACUCCACCAUAUCUGACUCAGUCAGGACUUCACAUCUGAUCUUGCCGUCAAGCACUAGCACUGCACUCAUCGAUGAUGACAAAGACAGUGACCCCCUUGCAACGAUGCAAACAGGUUUUGGCUUGAGAGGAUGAUCAGGAUGCUUGACAACCAAUGUUAAUGAGCUCAUUAAUUCCAAAGACAAUGAAGGAAUAAGUGAGGAUGAAGUUGUUGCAAUAGCUUUUUGUUGGGAGGAAGUUGCUUGUUGGUUCACAGCUUUAAUCUGCAUUUUUUAAUGGAAAUUCCUCCUUCAAUUCUUAUUGUUCUCUAAUGCAAUAGCACUUUCUAGUGUAUUGUAGCUAAAUAGUCCUAUUGUCUAUUUUGCCUCAAUUGAGUCUCAGCAAUUUAUCACCUUUAAUUCUAUUGAGUUGUGUCUGCAACUUGCUCUAUUUGUUAUAAUUUGCAAAUAUGCUUGCUGAUU